AUGUCUGGCUCUGUGUUAUAUUAUUUCGUUGCUAACCCGCUUAUACGCCUGAGUGAUGGCGACACUUUCCUCAACAAGAAGCUCGGAAGCUGCUCGUUCUGGCGAUAUAGUCGACGCACCUGCAGACGCUCCGGAACGCCAACAGAGAAGAGCGAGACGACGAAUGUAGCAGGCAGUAGUACGAUCUCCGAAGACGACCAUGAACGUAACACGAAAGACGUGGAAAAAGCCCAAAUUGUCGAGGCGACCAGCGAUUCAGCAAAUGUAGAAGAGCAGGACCCGAAUAUAGUGUGGUGGGAUAGCGAGGACGACCCGGCCAACCCCAUGAAUUGGUCUCUUCUCAAGAAAUGGACGAAUAUUGGCCUUAUUUCUGCUAUUACUUUCAUCGUACCUCUUGCUUCGUCCAUGUUCGCGCCCGGCGUGACCCUAGUUUCCACUGAAUUCAACGAAACGAAUGAGCUUCUCCAAGGGCUGGUCGUCUCAAUAUAUGUGCUCGGCCUUGCAAUGGGGCCUUUGUUGCAGGCCCCGCUGUGUGAGGUCUAUGGACGGUGGAUUGUCUAUGUAUCCUGCAAUGUCCUUUAUGUUAUCUUCACCAUCGCGUGCGCCGUGUCGACCAAUAUGUCGAUGCUAAUUGUCUUUCGUUUUUUGGCUGGGUGUGCAGGUGCCGCUCCCAUGGCUAUUGGCGGUGGCACGAUUGCAGAUAUGUUUCCACCUAGUCAACGGGGACACGCUCUCUCCAUGUAUACGUUAGGCCCAGUAGCUGGUCCCGCCAUCGGGCCCAUCGCCGGCGGGUUUUUGGCGGAGACCGAGGGCUGGAGGUGGAUAUUUUGGGUUUUGACCAUCGCAAGUGGUGCUAUCGCCGUUGCGAUUGUACUUUUCUCUCGCGAGACUCAUGCACCCACGCUUCUCAAUCGCAAAGUAAAGAAAUUGCAGAAGGAAACCGGUAACAUGAUGCUACGGUCAAAAUUAGACACCGGGAUUCCAAGCUCCGAAAUCCUCAAGCGAGCAAUCGUGCGCCCGACCAAAUUAUUGCUGCUCUCGCCGAUCUGCGUUCUGCUAUCUGUCGCGACUGCCGUGGUUUACGGAAACCUGUAUCUGAUGCUGACCACCUUUCCCAUGGUUUUUGAGACAACCUAUGGCUUCUCAACAGGCAUUUCGGGUUUGGCGUAUAUUGGCAUCGGCCUAGGGAACAUCAUUGGCCUACUGACCUUUACCUUUACUAGCGACAAGUACCUCCAGCGAAAGGCCGCCAAGGGCCUACAACUGCAGCCCGAAGACCGGCUGUCAUUGAUGAUCAUCUCUGGGCCUGUCAUUGUGGCGGGAAUGUUCUGGUACGGAUGGAGCGCCCAAGCCGCUGAUCAAUGGAUGGUGCCCAUUGUCGGAUCAGCCUUUGUAGGCGCCGGCAAUAUGUUGUUUUUCAUGCCCAUGAUGGGAUACCUGGUUGAUGCGUACACCAUCUACGCAGCAUCGGCUUUGGCGGCAAACACUGUGCUGCGCUCGAUAGGCGGCGGCCUACUCCCCCUGGCCGGACAGAGCAUGUUCAAUGCCCUGGGAUAUGGAUGGGGGAACUCGCUUCUGGCGUUUAUCGUCCUUGCAUUCACCCCGGUCACCUAUAUCAUUUACCGGUAUGGGCAGUAUAUUCGCACGCGGUGGACGAUCAAGCUGGACUGA